CAGACCACGAUCGUGUUAGCUGCGCUCAAAACCCACAGAACUCACUUACGAAUUUCUCAAGCAAUAUGUCGCGCUCUUUUCUUAUGGAUUCGCUGCUCAGCGAUACGAGGGAUAAGGAAUCACUGGCCUCACCUACGGCCAAGGCAACAGCCGCCGCUGUAGCUGCUACGGCCAUGUUGCCCGGCCUGCCCAUGCUGCCCUAUCCCGCCAGCUAUGUUGGCAGCUAUCUCUUCUCGCUGGGCAUACAGCAGCAGCAACAAGCUGCGGCUGCCACUGCCGCCGCUGCAGCCGUGUUGCAACAACAACAGCCACACAGCUCGCUCUAUCAUCCGUACGCGCAGUUCUUCAGCAAUAGCAACAAACGCAAAUCUGGCGGCGGCGGCGGCGGCUUUAUCAACUACGAGGACUGCUAUCCAUCGCCACCGCUCUCGGCCAAUGCCAUUGCCAGCAGCAGCACCAGCACACAGCUGCCACAGCCGCAAAUGUCCGGCAGCACGGCCUUUGCUCUGAAUGCCUACUGCACUUCACCCUCAGCCUCCUCCAGUGCAUCGCUGGACUUUGAGCCGCACGCCAAGCGCAGCAAGCACGAAUCCUCCUGCUCACCCACCAGCUCACCUCUCAAGGCGCAGUCAAUGGCCACCUGCAGUAGCCAGCUGGACAUAACGCCGCUGAUCAGCGACUAUGCCGACUCCAGCAAACGCAUACGCACCGCCUUCACCAGCACGCAGCUGCUCGAGCUGGAGCGCGAGUUUGCCCACAAUGCUUAUUUGUCGCGUCUGCGGCGCAUUGAGAUCGCCAAUCGGCUGCGCUUGUCGGAGAAGCAGGUGAAGAUCUGGUUCCAGAACCGACGUGUCAAGCAGAAGAAGGGCGACUCUGAAAGUCCCACCUUCAAUCUGUCCAACAACUCCAACAACAGUCCGCAGAGCUCGCCGCUGGCGCCCAAGGUGGCCGCCAAUCGACUGGGUCUCAAGCUCGGCAGCAGCGAGCUGCAGGCCUUGGUGGCCAAGCGCAAGUGGACGCUGGACGCGGAGGGCAACUACAACUAUGCGGAGCUGCACAUCAGGCAGCGCGAGCGAGUGCCCGCCAACGAUAUUGCGGGCAAUACUCUAACCUAUGCCCAAGAGCUGGAGAAAAUUGUUUGAAAUAAAGCGUUGACGUUAAGCCAAUUUAGCGCAAAAUUAUGCACAGCACUGCAAUUGAAUAUA